GUAGCACUGUGCUUCAAGGGUUGAAGCUGCUGAGGCUCCUUAGUUUGCAUCCUGAUGUAACUUUAUCAUCCACAUCAAGAGUGUGUGUGUGAGAGUGUGUGGGUUUUUUUGUUUGUGCAGCAGUUAGGGUUGAUUCUGGAGCCAUUUUGAUGUGUUAUUUUUAUUUUUUUAUUGUGAUGGGUUGUGAGUGGUGAGAUGUCAAAACAAUGUGCACAUGUAAUAUUUCAAGAGUUCUCCACUAGGGGGCAACACAUUCCUCAAUUGCACCAGUCUUUGUUUUGAAGGGAAGGAGAAAAGCAGAAAUAUCUAAAUAUAUAUAUAUAUAUUUCUUUUAUGUGGGGUAGUCGUAGCCUCACUCGCGAAUCCGGAGCACUUCACCAGAGACGGCCCAGAGAAGGGGAGCGAGAAAGAGAGGAAGAGACAGGGGAGAGAAAAAAGAUAAAGAAAAGAAAAGAAUAAAUACGGAAUAGAUAAAAGAAGACAUGGAGGGAACAGAACACUUUCUCCUCCAGUGAGAUGCCUUGUCAGCUGUCAGUCAACUGGGCAUUGCCAUGACGACAACAUCCCAGCGCUUGGAGUGAAAACCAAGAAACAAAGACAAGAAAAAAAGAGGAGGGAGGAGAGAGUUGGAAGAGUUGGAGACCUUUUCCUCAAGUUCUUCAAAAAAAAGAGGGGAAAAAGGAGACGAGGAAAGAAGAGAAGAGGGUAGGGACAGACAGAGAUAGAGAGAGAGAGAGAGGGAAGACAAGAAAAAAGAGGGAGGUCUAAAACAAGAGAGGAGAGAAGAAAGAAAAAAGGCUGCGCACAAUCCGUUCUUCAUACGGAGGUGAGAAGUGACGCGGGGCAAGGGAGAGGAGGGAGUGAGACAGAAGGCGUGCGGAGAGUGAGAGAAGGAAGGAGGGAGUAAGUGAGGAGAGAGCAGGAGGGAAAGAAAGGGAGCAAGAAAGAGCGCAGAGACACACACACACACACACACACGGAGACAGCGGAGUGGACAUGGGUCUAUGUGCCGUGCUGUUGAUCUGUCUCUCCCAGGCGGAGCUGGCCAGAGUGUGGGCUCAGGAGCAAACAGGGACACUGCAUGGAGGGGGCCCGCUGCGGUCAGACGGGGCCCCGGAGGUACCCAGGGGCCGCAGGGAGAGGAGGGAGAGCCCCAACCGGGCCGGGGUGGAGCACCUAGGUGGAGGAGGCCUGGCCAUCGACACCCUGCCUGACAACAUGACCCGCGUGGUGGAGGACUCUCAGAAGUAUUACCUCUGGCAGAGUUUUGGUCCAGAGGACGCGCGCACACAGGAGCUGUGGACUGACCUGAACGCCAUUCAGCAGAGUCAAGUCAGAGUGCACGGAAUCCUGUCCAACACACACCGACAGGCAGCUCGUGUGGCGUUAUCCUUUGAUUUCCCCUUCUAUGGACACAGUCUGAGACAAAUCACCAUAGCAACGGGAGGGUUCAUUUUCACUGGAGAGAUCACGCACCGCAUGUUGACAGCCACCCAGUACAUUGCCCCCCUCAUGGCGAACUUUGACCCCAGUUUCUCCAAAAACUCCACUGUGCGCUACAUGGACAACGGUGACGUGUUUGUGGUCCAGUGGGAUAAAGUCCGGAUUCAGGGGCGAGAGGCCGACGGGCCCUUCACCUUCCAGACGGCCCUUCAUAGCAAUGGAACCAUUGUCUUCGGUUUCAGAGACGUUCCUCUGGGGGUGGAGCAGAUCAACUCUACUGAGCACCCCGUGAAGGUGGGCCUGUCUGAUGCCUUCAUGGCCCUCCCUUCCUCCUCUCCAGACACGAAGCGCAGGACCAUAUACGAGUACCACAGAGUGGAGAUCGACACCACAAAGAUCAUCAACAACUCUGCCUUUCUGUUCACACCGCUUCCCACCUGUUUGAAGCACACAUCCUGUGAGCUCUGCCUGAACUCCAAACUGACUACAGGCUGUGGCUGGUGUAAUACCCUACAAAGGUGUUCAGAUGGUAUAGAUCGCCACAGGCAGGAGUGGUUAGACUACAAAUGUCCAGAGGAGGCCAAAGACGAGACUUGCGAGGACUACACUCAAGGGGCGUCUGACACGACGGUUGUCCCCUACACUCCCACAGACCCAGAGGCCAACCCCACUCCCGUGUCCAACCCUGAGAGACCUGUGACUGAGGAUGACACCAAGCGCCUCUUUCACUACCAUGGCAACGAUCUGCAAACGGGCACUCCAGGCCAGGAGGAGGCGCCAGAGCACACUGCGAUCAUUGCUGGUGUGGUGGCGGCGCUCGUUCUGCUGGUCUUCCUGACCCUCCUGGCGGUGUACUACAUCAACACACACCCCACUGUCGCCCCCCCAUUCUACCUCAUGCAGCGCCGCACAAAUAACUACUGGCCUUCCAUGAAAUUCCGGAACCAGGGCUGCCAUUCCAGCUAUGCAGAGGUGGAGCUCGGCCACGAGAAGGAAGGCUUCAUUGAGGCCGAGCAUUGCUGAAGGGUUGGGAUGGGGUGGGACUUCUGACACCGAGAAGUUGGACUAAGCCACCUGUUGAAAUAGAGUGUGUGUGUGUGUGUGUAGGGUGGGGUUGUUUUUUAGUUUUGUUUUAGGUUUUUUCCUUUUGUUUUGUAAGGGUUUUCUGAAUGGAACACAGAACAAGAUAAUGGGAAAGGGAUGGGAAGUCACGUGGAAUAUAAAACACCACACACACACAAGGACUUUUUGUCAGUCAAAGUACGGUAGAGGUCCUUACCAGAUUGUACAUCUCCUGCUGCACCUUGCGGUCCCUCUUGCUUUAACUGUUUAUGGAGGAGAAGAAACCAAAAUGUCCGUGAAAAAGGGGGAACAGAUAUAGAUCUGUGGAAACAUGGAGCUGACAUGAGCUGAUUCACCAUCACCGCCCCCCCGCCCCCUGCCUCUAAAUCCUGUUCCUCACUCCCUAGUCAUGAAGGCUGACAUAAAGGGAUGUGGCCAACUUAACUGCAACUAUUGUACAAUACAGUAUAUCUUUGUAGUGUUUCUCGUUCUGUUUGUUUUUCAAAGAGGAUAUUUCAUGUUUUAUAAAAAAGAAAGAAAAUGUAAGGAGGAAGUCGUGUUGAGCAGCGACCUAUGUUUUCAUGCAUAUUACUCUGUUGGCUACAAGGACUGGACUGCACUUUAAUUUUUGUUUUGUUUUUUUGAGAAUGUGGUCGUGAAACCGCAUCGUUAUCAGUAAGAAAUGUUUCCUGACCACACUGAAAAAAAAAAAAGAGUUAAAAAAAUAAAACGUUUUAUGAACAGGCUACCUGGCCAAACCAAAACUUUAACAGAAUGUGGUUAAGUUAAGCAUUCAGACUGACACCCAUGAUGGUGACACACUAGGAAGUGGAUCUGGCUCAUGUCUGACUCUGAUCUCACCUGGAAAUGUCUCUGAUCUGGCCAUUUCUAUUCCAGUGACCCCUACUAUCUGAGAUGGCUAAAUACAUGACGUCUCACCUCGGUAAGACGAUGAGAUGCUCUGAGAGGAUUAUGAUGAAAAAUACUCAUUCCCUUCAAAGUUGACCUGUUGUCACUGAGAGUUCACCCCGCUCUGUUUUCCGUAGCACCAUUUCAAUUACGAUUUUGAGAGAAAAGUACUCGCCCCCAUUCGAACACUCAAAAAGACUUCACUAGGUCUCUAAACGUCUACGUCUAGCCAUCCACCGACUGCCAUAGAAAUGUGUCAUUGCAACAUUGUAUUUCUACCAUGCAGCACGCUAUGAGUGAAUCAAUAAAAACAAUCAGUUGAACUGUACUGAGAGGUCUGUUUUGAAACA